CCCAGGUAGUACACAUUCCCACGGUCGCCGUGGUCCUCCGAGGGAGCCCCUGCGCAUCUCAGGCCGGCUCGUCACGGAAGAGGGCGUUCUAGCCGGCCGCCUACUCCAUGGUAGGGCCCCCUGCCCGCUUGGCCCGUGGCGGCCGCCAUGUUGGAGGCUCAGGCAGGGAGCCAUGGCUGCGAGCGGCGGGUGCACAGUCGGAGCUGCGCCAGCUCCGCGGGGCAGAUGCUGGAGGUGCGGCCAGGGCUGUACUUGGGUGGAGCCGCGGCCGUGGCGGAGCCGGACCACCUGAGGCAGGCGGGCAUCACGGCCGUGCUGACGGUGGACUCAGAGGAGCCCGACUUCAAGUCGGGGGCGGGGAUGGAGGGUCUACGGAGCCUCUUCGUGUCGGCGCUGGACAAGCCCGAGACUGACCUGCUCAGCCAUCUGGACCGGUGCGUGGCCUUCAUCAGCCGGGCCCGCGCCGAGGGCCGCUCGGUGUUGGUGCACUGUCAUGCAGGAGUUAGUCGAAGUGUGGCUAUAAUAACUGCUUUUAUGAUGAAGACUGACCAGCUUACCUUUGAAAAAGCCUAUGAAAAUCUCCAGAUCAUCAAACCAGAGGCUAAAGUGAAUGAGGGAUUUGAGUGGCAACUGAAAUUAUACCAGGCAAUGGGAUAUGAAGUAGAUACUUCUAGUGCAAUUUAUAAGCAAUAUCGUUUACAAAAAGUUACAGAAAAGUAUCCAGAAUUACAGAACUUACCUCAAGAACUCUUUGCUGUUGACCCAACCACCAUUUCACAAGGACUGAAAGAUGGCAUUCUCUACAAGUGUAGAAAGUGCAGGCGAUCUUUAUUUCGAAGUUCGAGCAUUUUGGAUCAUAAUGAAGGAAGUGGUCCCAUAGCCUUUGCCCACAAGAGAGUGACACCAUCUUUCACACCCGCCACAGGGAGUCCGGCUCAAUGUACAUCGUAUUUCAUUGAACCUGUACAGUGGAUGGAAUCUGCUUUGUUGGGCGUGAUGGAUGGACAGCCUGGAAAACAUAUAAGAUGAAGGCAUUUUUAUGGAAGAUUCUACGUCACAUUUGUGCAUACUUCUCUGUACACUUAUUUGAAUGUUCCUGUAGACCUAAAAGUGGAAUCCCUGUCCUGUGGAGGGAUGUGUAUGUCUUAAAUACUGCUAAUAUUCCACCCUGACAAUAAAAAUCCUUAUACAAAUUUGCUUUUCGCUAACAUUGAAUGCAUGUAUCCAUUUCUCCAUACCCUUGGCGUAAUGGGUAUUAUAAAACUGGUAAAGUUUUGUCAGUCGGGGACAUGAAAAAUGUUUUUCUUAAAAUGUUUUAAUUUGAAUUUCCAUGUCUACUGCUGAGGAUCAAUAUUGUUAUGUAUUUAUCAGCUAUUUAUAGCUUCUUUUUCUAUAAAUUUCCUUUACAUCCUUGGUCCAUUUUUCUAUGGACUUUGCCUUUUUCUUAUUGAAUUAUAGGAUCUCUUUAUGUAGUCUAGAUGUUAAAGAUUUUUCUAAUGUAUUGCAAAUAUCUUCUGUCUGUUGCUUAUUUCAGCUUUGUGGUAUAUUUUGUCAUAUUAAAAUUUAAGAUACUUCUGUAAUCAAAUUUGGUUUCUGAGUUUUAUGUCCAGAGUUUAUAUCAUCUAAGAUUAAAAAUAAGACUCCCUGCCUCAUGUCAUGCACAGAAUAACAGGCUAAACUUAAAAAAUAAUGCUCUGAAUACAUCAGAAUACAAAUAAUAGGCAUGUUCAGGUUUUUUUUUUAUUUAUCUAUUUUACUGGAGUAUCAGUUUGUUUUUAAAUAGCCAUGAAAUCUGAGGCCUAGCCUACAUGCUACCAAUAUCAGUACUGAUCUGACAUGAGGCUCCUAACAUGCUUUCCUAGUCUUCGGCCUUGAUGAUCUUAGUUUGAGAUAUUAAGCUGCAGACUGAUUUAAAAGGCAACACAUACCUUUCACAUCCUGAAAUCUUGCAUCAUAUCUCAACCUUUACCUUCCCCCCCAUACUGGGAUUAAUCUGGUCCUUCUCCAAACUCCCAGCAUACAACGUGCUUCUUACACAAUUAUCAUAGUCCACCAUCUGUUAUGGUAAAUUGCUGUUGUAUUUUAUCUUGCUGAUCCGAUCAUAAAACUCCUUGAAGGUGGGAGCCAUGUCUUACCUGGUUUUUAUUUUGUUUUGUUUUGUUUGUGUUUUUAGAGAGGGAGAGAAGGGG